AAGAGACUAAAUGAUCAGGUUUUGAAUGUUGCUUUAUUGAUUAGAGGCUAACGAAACAAGCAAUAUGAAGUCGAUUCUUUUUCUUUUGUUCGUCGUAGUUUUGUUGGAAUUUACUCAAGCUCGAACUAGACGUUGUGACGAUGAAAAUGAUUGCGACCAAAAUACUGAAUGCUGCAUAACUACAACACUGACUGGUCGAAAAGGAACUUGUAAACCACUCUCAUUCGCAGGAGACAGGUGCAGUAAUUCAGUAUUAUCUUCUGACUAUGGAGACAAAUUUGUGAGAUUUUGUCCUUGCCGCGGAGAUCUUGAGUGCAUGGAAUCACGCCGGAAUGCAGACAUUGGAGCUAAAAACGCGUGGCGCUUUCGUUGUCGUCGACCACGAACAGGCGACGAACCAGAUGGUGAGAAACCUGAAGGAGAAGAACCAGAGGGUGAAGAACCUAAUGUUGAAGACAUUGAAUAUUAAACAGAAAAAGAAGUUUUUCAUCUUUUUAAAAGAGGAAUGUGUUAUAUUACACCGAAAAUUACUUGAUAAAAGCAAAAAUAGGCAAAUUUAGUUUUAUUUUGAUUACUGAAUAUUUUAUACGUUUUCUUUUUAUUUUGUUGAUUUUUAAAGGAAAAAUAAACACACUGAUCAUUCUAAAAAAA